AUGCCCCCCCCGGGGUCUGUAGCGAAUGUGGGGGAAAGGCCCCGUCGCAGGCGGCGGGGAAGCAGCACUUUAGGCUUUGCCCCUGCAGGGCAAGGGAUUCAAAACAACAACAAAGAUAAUCCGGUGCCCCUCGCUGUUGCUGUUUUUAAUACUGGCCGCCGUCGUGAUCACGGUGCCCUUCGCAGAGCAGCCACUGCCGACCUGUCGGUGCCCGAGUGGUCUGUGGGGGCAACAGCAAUGACGUUCCAAAGAGAGCAGCUUCCACUUGCAGAUGGUGAUAGUGAGAAUGGCAGUGACAACGAAGAUGAACAGCCUCAAGUGGUAACACUGAAAAAAGGGGACUUGACUGCCGAAGAAGCAAUGAAAAUUAAACAGCAAAUCAAAGAGGCUUUAAAGUCAAAUGAAUCAGAUGGUGAACCAGAACCUGCUGAUGGAAAAAUUAUGUUCAGGAAACCAGCCAAACGUUCAUCAGAGAAGUGUUUGGACUUCAAUGUAAGUUCAAGUAAGAAGAUGAAAGAGGCAAAGAAAAUGAAGAGAGAAGCAACUACUCCUCAGAGUACAGCUAAGCAAAUAAAAAAUAGCAGCCUUCUCUCAUUUGAUGAUGAGGAAAAUGAUGAUUAG